GAACAAUACAAUCCAAAUAUCCAAUCCUAGCAGGAGCAAGCAGGUUGCUGCAUUUCAUAGUUGCAGUUCAGUGAGGAUUAUGGAAGCAAGGUAGAGCGGGCGGCCUGCCUGCCUGAUGCUGGUAGUACCCUUCCACUCCCUUAAAUCGAACAGCCUAGUAUACAGCGCGGCCGAGUCACUCUCACUCCACCACCCCCGCUUCUCCUCUUGGGAUUUUUAUCUCUAGCGAUUUGAAUAAUUUUCCCUCUUCUCUUCUAUCUUCCUUUCCUUGCUCACGCUUGUUUCAAAUUGGUGACUUUUCUAUUCCCGGAGGGGAGGGUAUAAAAGAGGAGACGAGGGAGAUCGAACCAGGAGAGAUGCCGGUGGCGAGGCCAGAGUCAUCGAAUUCUAGGGUUAUCGCCCACAUUGAUAUGGAUUGUUUUUAUGUUCAAGUUGAGCAGCGGAAGCAACCAAUUUUGCGAGGUCAUCCUACUGCUGUGGUACAAUACAAUUCCUGGAAAGGAGGUGGCCUUAUUGCUGUGAGUUAUGAAGCUCGUAAAUAUGGGGUCAAACGUUCGAUGAGAGGAGAUGAAGCAAAGAAAGUUUGUCCUGAUAUUCAGCUAGUUCAAGUUCCCGUGGCCCGUGGUAAAGCAGACUUGACUGUGUAUCGGAAUGCUGGUUCAGAGGUUGUAUCUGUUCUUUCUAAAAAGGGUCGAUGUGAACGUGCCUCUAUAGAUGAAGUUUAUCUGGACCUUACUGAAGCUGCAGAAACCAUGCUGGCAGAUAAUCCCCCUGAGAGAUUGGAAGUAAUUGGUGAGGAAGCCACUAAGUCUCAUAUAUUGGGGCUUCAUUUGGAUGGAGCUGAUGCCAGGGAUUGUGUGAGGGAAUGGUUUCUAAAGAAGGAUGCUGAUCAUCGUGAUAAGUUGUUGGCUUGUGGAGCUCUCAUUGUUGCAGAACUGAGACUUGAAGUUCUGAAAGAGACUGAAUUUACAUGUUCUGCUGGCAUUGCUCAUAAUAAGAUGCUGGCCAAACUAGCAAGUGGUAUGAACAAGCCCUCUCAGCAAACUAUUGUGCCUCAGUCAUCUGUUGAGAAAUUGCUUGAAUCCUUGCCUGUAAAGAAAAUGAAACAGCUUGGGGGAAAGCUUGGAACCUCUUUGCAAGUUGACCUUGGUGUGAAUACUGUUGGGGAUCUACUGAAGUUUUCAAAUCAAAAGCUGCAAGAACUCUACGGCAUCAAUACUGGCACAUGGUUGUGGAAUAUUGCAAGGGGGGUAUGUGGGCUAGAAGUUGAGGGUCGCCUUCUUCCGAAGAGUCAUGGUUCUGGAAAGACAUUUCCUGGACCUCAGGCUCUUGAAACUAUAUCUUCUGUUAAAAAAUGGCUUCAUGAAUUAUGUGAAGAAUUAAGUGAUCGCCUUCUUUCUGAUCUAAAUCAGAAUAAGCGCAUUGCCCGCACUCUUACCCUGCAUGCAAGUGCAUACAAGAUGAAUGACUCGGAAUCAAUAAAAAAGUUUCCUUCAAAAUCAUGCCCUUUAAGGUAUGGGGUCACAAAGCUUCAAGAAGAUGCCAUGAGUCUCUUCAAUGCUGGGCUAGGUGAAUAUCUUGGAGUUUACCAUGUUGGGAAGCAUCAGGAAUGGGCAAUAACUGGUCUCUCCAUUUCAGCCAGUAAAAUAGUUGUGAUUCCAUCUGGGACACAUUCAAUCAUGAAAUAUUUCUGUAACCAGAAUCAGACUAGCACUCAAUCAAAUAUGUUAAGUGAUGCAUGCACUGAAGACCGUGAAUCAUCAGAUUUGCAUUUGGCUGAUCUGAAGAUAGAUGCCUACAAGAAUGAAGCAGGGACUGAGUGUUGUGCACCAAUUUUGAACACAAGCGGGCCUGAUGCUGAAGAAACAUUAAAACUUGACGAUAAUCAAGCUCCACAUAUCUAUGAAGUGAACCACCAGAGAGCUGGGCUUGCUGAAGAAGCUUUGUUGCAAUGCUUUGGUUGUGAAAAUGACAUGGAAUCCAAAAUAAAUCAACCAAAACUGAACCUAGCUGUACCUAAUAGGAAAUCAGGAAAAGAGAAAAGGAAGAUUGAAAAGGGAUCUUCAUCUAUCUUACAGUUUUUCAGUAGUCAGAGUCAGAGCCUGAGCUCUUGCUCUUCUUCCGAGCAUCCUCAUGGUAUUGGUAGCACUUUUCAAGGGAUCGGAGCAUCUGUCUCAGGAAAAUUGGUCCAAGAAAACCACAGCUCAUCCUUGAGUGGGAGUAGUAAUGGUGAUGGCGGAUGGAGUUACAAGAGUGAGGAGAUUGACCCAACAGUCCUGAAUGAACUUCCGCUUGAAAUUCAGGAAGAAGUACGCGCUUGGCUUCACCCACAGAAACAGCCGCGGAGAAGGGGCUCGGAUAUUCUGCACUACUUCUCGCCGUCUACUAAUAAAUAAUAGUGGUGGUGGUGGUGGUAUAGGUUGUAUCUGCGUUGCAGGCCUUCAUAAUCAAUCUUCUUGGUCGGUACAGUAAGGAAGGAGGCAAAUGGCCAAAUAUAGAAUGCUAUUUUGUUAAGGAGGGGCAAAAGUUGUUGCUGUUGGACUGACUGAAAGGAAUGUGUAAUAUAUAGAAUGUGGUGGGGGUUGUUUGAAACAUGCUGUUACUACUAGAUUUAAUAGAUACAGCAGGCAGAGAUUGCAAGAGGAGAGUGAGGGAGCGAGCAUUCAUCCAUUCAUUCGUAAGUUGAUGCGAAUCUCGUGGAAUUGGAAUUGAGAUCGAGAUCGAGAAGGUGUGUGAAUGUUGAUAUGCUCUUUAACGAAUUUAAUGAAUGGUAUCUUCUCACCUGAUUCUGCCGGGACAGGACAGGGGAGGGAGGAGCCUCAGCCGCAAUGGAAGCAGAUCGAUAGCAAGUCGGUAAUAUACCUUAUGACGCUACUGAAGAGCAGCUUAUUCAAAUAUGCGAGGAGGUUGGCCCGGUUGUUUCCUUCAG